AUGAGUGUGGCUCGGGUAUUUCUACAGGAGAGUUACAGUGCCAUCAGGAUGAGUGUGGCUCGGGUAUUUCUACAGGAGAGUUACAGUGCCAUCAGGAUGAGUGUGGCUCGGGUAUUUCUACAGGAGAGUUACAGUGCCAUCAGGAUGAGUGUGGCUCGGGUAUUUCUACAGGAGAGUUACAGUGCCAUCAGGAUGAGUGUGGCUCGGGUAUUUCUACAGGAGAGUUACAGUGCCAUCAGGAUGAGUGUGGCUCGGGUAUUUCUACAGGAGAGUUACAGUGCCAUCAGGAUGAGUGUGGCUCGGGUAUUUCUACAGGAGAGUUACAGUGCCAUCAGGAUGAGUGUGGCUCGGGUAUUUCUACAGGAGAGUUACAGUGCCAUCAGGAUGAGUGUGGCUCGGGUAUUUCUACAGGAGAGUUACAGUGCCAUCUGGAUGAGUGUGGCUCGGGUAUUUCUACAGGAGAGUUACAGUUAUUCCAACAAGAGUUCGGAGUACGUAUCAUUGACAAAAGGUCCAUUAGACCAUCCAGCGAAGUAA